CUGUUAGUUACAAACGAACUCAUACGCGCUCCGCGCGUGCCUUCUUUCCUGUACAAUACCACAGACAGAUUGCCAAAUUCCACUUUCAAGAUUCGCAUAUUUGCCUCUCCGACACCCUCGUUUCUCGCGCUCGAAACUCCCCGCCUGAAAAAGUUUCGACCAGUCUUCGUUUGUUUGCCCACAAAAUUCAUGCAAUAGCUUUGGAUUUUGUGGCUGCAGGAAGUGUGUUUUUUUGGAUCUGAGUGGUAGGGUAGAAAGCGUGUACCUAUUUGGUUUGAUGGUAAAUGGAAAGGAAACAACAUAUUGCAAUAUUUACUACUGCAAGCAUUCCGUGGUUGACUGGAACUGCUGUCAACCCUCUGUUUCGCGCUGUCUAUCUUGCCAAAGAUGGGACGAGGAAGGUCACUUUGGUGGUCCCUUGGCUGUCUUUGAAUGAUCAAGAACACUUGUUCCCCAACAAUAUCACGUUUAAUACACCUUCUGAGCAAGAACAAUAUGUCCUUCGAUGGGUUGAAGAGAGGACUGGGUUCACAUCAAAUUUUAGUGUGCGUUUUUAUCCAGGAAAGUUCUCUAUAGAGAAAAGGAGCAUUCUUGGUUCGGGGGACAUUACAAUUGUAAUUCCAGACGAAGAGGCAGAUAUUGCUGUCCUUGAGGAGCCCGAGCAUCUUACAUGGUAUCAUCAUGGAAAGAGAUGGAAAUCAAAAUUUCGCCUGGUAGUAGGAAUCGUUCACACCAAUUACCCAGAAUAUGUUAAGAGAGAACGGAAUGUAUUGGAAGCUUUGCUCCUGAAAUACGUAAAUACUUGGGUUGUCGACAUAUAUUGCCACAGGGUUAUCAGGUUGUCUGCGGCUACACAGGAGCUUCCGAGAUCAGUUAUCUGCAAUGUCCAUGGAGUGAACCCGAAGUUUCUUGACAUUGGCGUGAAAAAGAAGGAGGAGCAGCAGAAUGGUAAUCAAGCCUUCACCAAAGGCGCCUACUACAUUGGAAAGAUGUUGUGGAGCAAAGGCUACAAGGAACUACUAAAACUUCUACGCAACCAUCAAAAGGAACUUGCUGGACUUGAAAUCGAUUUAUAUGGCAGCGGUGAGGAUUCUGCUCAAAUUCAGGAAGCUGCCAAGAAGUUGGAAUUAACAAUUAAGGUUCAUCCUGGACGGGAUCAUGCUGAUCCUAUAUUCCACGACUAUAAAGUGCUCCUGAAUCCAAGCACAACAGACGUCGUAUGUACAACCACAGCAGAAGCAUUAGCGAUGGGCAAAAUCGUAGUAUGUGCCAAUCAUCCCUCGAACGAAUUCUUUAUGCAGUUCCCAAACUGCCGCACAUACGAUGAUGGCAACGGUUUUGUUAAAGCUACCCGGGAGGCACUGUCCGAGCAACCUGCUCCCCUGAGCGAUGAGCAAAGGCACGAGCUUUCGUGGGAGGCAGCAACCGAGAGGUUUUUGAAAGCAGCCGAGCUGGAGAACAUUCCAAAGCGGAAACUGUCAAUGAAGAAGAGCUCAAAGCCUACUCUCUCCACAUCCAUUAGCCUAAAAGACAUUAAUCUUGAAGAUGCAUCUGCAUUCAUACACAAUGUGGGAACUGGGUUUCUGAAUUCGCCACCAAACGAAGAGCAAUGUAAAGAGCUCGGCCUCGCUUUACCUUCCAAGAAAAAGGGAUCUUCUUCUAGUAAACGGAUAUGAGAAUCAUGGUCAAGUCACACUAACACAAUCUUCAAAUGAAUUGGACCUAACGUCAAGGCGGGGAGGGGGCAUGCAGUGUUAAUGUUUAUUGCCAUCUUUUCAUUUCUAUGGUAACUGAUAACCAGGGAUUACUUUUGUUGUUCAUCUCAUGAAUAAAUCUCAAAUUGGGGGGACCAGGCAAGAAUGGUGAAGUGUUAAUGUUGUGCAGUCAAUGUUACAUACAUGUAUUGUAUAUUAUGCGAUUUUCGCGUGUGUAUACAGUAUAUAUAUAUACACACUAUUAAGGCUAUUUUUC